GUGUAUUUAUAAAUGUCCAUGGGUAUUUAUAAAUGUCAAUGGGUAUUUAUAAAUGUCCAUGGGUAUUUAUAAAUGUCAGUGGAGGAUGUGUGCUUUUCAGGAUGUGGUUUUGUUACAUUACAAGUGAUAGUCACAUGACUGUUACAUAACCUGCCACAUGGUCACAACAAUGGCUGAAGGCUCAAUAAGUGUGAAUGUUGGAGUGUUGUCUAGUGCCCUGGCUGUUGCAAUUCAGCAAGCAGCUAGCAGUGGACAGUCACAGUCACCUCAAGUCCCUGCCAAUCAAAGUCAGCACACUUCCAGUCAAAGCAGAGGUCCUUCAUCUGCACGGGUGAUUUUACCAUCUUAUCUAAAAAGGAAGAGAGGAAGUGAAGGAGGCUCAGGACAGAAGAAAUCGAAAUCCAAAGAAAGCACUCUGCAAGUGUGGGAUCGAGACAUUGUGUGCAUUCCAAAGAAAGAUGGUGAAUCCCCAAUAUCAUUUCCCCGUGGCAAGUCCCGUGCUAAACUAGCUUCUAAGGGUUUGAUGGGCAAAAUACGCCUUACUUCCUUAAUGACAGAAAAUGAGAUGGAGAUGGAGGUACGAUCUGUGUUUAGUCGCCAGAUGCGAAGCCGAGAGGACUUUCCCUUCGUCUUUCUUCAAUGCACUGGAGCUGGAUCAAAAUCACUCACUAUUCCCUCAAAAUCUGCAACUUUUAUGUGGACACCACAACAAGUUGCAAAGCUAGGAACUAACAAGAAUCCAAUUUAUAUCUUGGCCCAAGAUGAGCUUACAUUGCCAGAUGUUGAGGACUCAGAUUUGGAGUCAGGCGAUGAUUGGGAACAUGCAGGAAAGGAUGGCUCUCGCAAAUCUGAGGAAACACCUCCUACGUCUGUCUCAAACACCAGUAAGAAACCUCGUCCUCAGUCUAUCAAAAAAACACCUAAGGAAGAAAGUGCACACAGGUCUUACGAUGUUUACAGAAGCCUUAUCGAUUUGACACAAGAGUCUCCCGACGAUAUGUCAGGUAGCGGCACUGACGAUGAGCUUCCCAAAGUGGAGUUUUCUCUUGCACCUCAACGUGAUUUGGAAGAAAGGGGGUUCGCAAAACAAAUCCAAUUGUAUCCAAGCACGUAGUUCUCCAACAUCAGUUGAGAGUACUAACUGGUGCAGCUGAUGAGGAAGAUCGACAACGGAUAUGUGUACGCCGUAGUCACAUUGUACAAGAUGCAUUGUGUGCUUUCGCCAAACCUUCCUUUCACACCUCAAAGAUGUUGAAGGUGACCUUCAUUGGGGAGAUUUCAGUGGAUUAUGGAGGUCCCAGGCGAGAGCUGUUCAGUGUACUCAUGAGGGAGCUCUUUGACAAGAGUGGCCUUUUCACAGGCUGGCCUGAGAAUGCUGUACCAGUGCACAAUGUUCAUGCCUUAGCUGAAAAUAAGUUCUACAUCACUGGAAAGAUCGUUGCAACCAGCUUAGUACAAGGUGGGCCACCCCCAGUGUGCUUCAGCCGUGCUGUUGCAGACUAUAUUGUGUUUGACGAAGUGAGGAGUUCUCCAGACCUUCAAGAUAUACCUGACUUCGAAGUUCGGCAGAAUCUUGAGAAGAUGCUAACUAUUGUGAAUGUUGAGGAACUCAGGUCAUUCACUGAUGAGCACCUUGAGCUUCGCUUUGAGUGUGGCUACCAGAAACCAACCAGCUCGCUGCAGAUCUCAGAUAAGGAGGAGAUCCUGAAGACAGUGUGGCUCCAUUUUGUGUAUUUCCUCCCUCUUGCUGAGCUGCAACAGCUAAGGAAGGGAUUGAGGGAGACCCUCCAGCUGGAAAUUUUGAUGGUCCAAUACCCUGAUGACAUGCAUUCGUUCCUUGCCACCUCAAUUGCGUUUGAUGUUGAUGGUGGUGACCUCUUAGACUGGUUUGUGGCUAGCUACUCGGAAAGAGGAAGCAACAAAAGAAAGUCAGAGGAGGCUGUUUACCUCAUGUGGAGCAACUAUGUCAUGGAUUGCUCUGAUGGUGAUGAAUCAGGUGUGUCGAUUGGUGACAUUCUACAAUUUAUCUCUGGCUCUAGGAGGCUUCCAGCAGCUGGGUUUCCUUGUAUCCCUAGUGUCCACUUCACAAAUGAAAAGAUUCUCCCUAAGACUUCAACAUGUGACGUAAGCAUCACCUUUCCAAGAUCUUUUGACGAGCUGCCAUAUGAGAUGUUUAAGAAAAAAAUGGAUAUGAGCGUUUUGGAUUCUGCUGGUUUUGGUGGUGGUCCGUAGUUAGUAUAUAACAGUUCCAACUUUGACAUUUUAGCUGCUGUAUUACUUCAUUGUGUUCAUUCAUUCAUUCAUCAUCACAUUAUUCAUUCCUUUUUCAUUUAUUUAUUCAUUCUUUCAUUCAUUCUUAUCAUAAUUAUAAUAAUUGAAUAUUACAUCCAAAUA